ACUUGCUAAAAUCUCUUACGAAUUCAAUUUUUUUUUUAAUACUGUAAUUAGGCAUCGGCUUCGGCUAUCCAGUAUCCGGCAUCAGGCGUGCGUUUUGAACUGAUUUUCUCUAUUCAUGAUUUUAUUUUAACAUAUUCUUAGUUUGGACAUCGAACCGACGACAUGGCCGAGUAUCUGGCAUCUAUAUUCGGUACCGAGAAGGAUAAGGUCAACUGUUCAUUUUAUUUUAAAAUCGGCGCUUGCCGUCAUGGUGAUCGCUGUUCAAGAAUACAUAAUAAGCCCACUUUCAGUCAGACUGUACUAUUGCAAAAUCUUUACGUAAAUCCACAAAAUUCUGCGAAGUCUGCUGAUGGAUCACAUUUGGUUUCAAAUGUAACUGAUGAAGAAAUGCAAGAACAUUAUGAUAAUUUCUUUGAAGAUGUUUUCGUAGAAUGUGAAGACAAGUACGGUGAAAUUGAAGAAAUGAAUGUUUGUGACAACUUAGGAGAUCAUCUAGUUGGCAAUGUCUAUAUUAAGUUUCGUCGAGAAGAACAUGCAGAAGCAGCUGUUAACGAUUUAAAUAAUCGAUGGUUUGGUGGACGUCCAGUUUAUGCUGAAUUGAGCCCUGUAACAGAUUUCCGAGAAGCUUGUUGUCGUCAAUAUGAAAUGGGAGAGUGUACGCGUAGUGGAUUUUGCAAUUUCAUGCACUUGAAGCCAAUAUCACGAGAAUUACGUAAAUAUCUUUAUAGUCGUCGAUCACGCAGACAUCGUUCACGUAGUCGUUCACGUGAUCAUGUUGGAACUCGUAGAACCAGAUCACCCUCUCCUAGACAUGGCCAUCAUCGUGGUGGUGGUGGUGGUGGUGGAGGUGGCGGUGGUGGAGGAGGACGUAGAGAUCGCAGAUAUUAAUUAUAAUAAUAAUUAUGUUUACACUGCAGCAAA